AUGGCCGGUUACAAUGGGCGUCGCGCCCCCAACUUUUCCCAAUAUCUCGAUGACUUGAACGCCAUCCCGUCGGCCUACGACCAGGCCCUGCAGCAGCAGCAGCAGCAGGGCGCAUUCGACCUCGACGAUGAAUUGGCUAUGUUCACCAACACCGAGUUUUUCGACUUCGACAACUUCGGCAGCCUGGACCUACCCUCAUUCGAUGCCGUGGACGAGAAGCACACACAGGGCGAGGUCUCCGACCACUCUCCGCAGUCUGGAGAUAUGAAGUUUUUGGACUUCCUGAAUGAAGGAAGCAUCAAUAUCACCGAUUUCCAGACCGAUCUGAGUGGUGUGAAUGCGCCCCAGGUGCACAUUCAAAAUGCGCCAUUCUCCGCCGUGCCAUCUGUUCCUAACGCGCCUGUGGCCCCGGCCGCGGCCGCUCCCGCUGCGCCCUUUAACGCACCACUGAACGUCGCUCCGGCUCCGGCUCAAAAUGUCCUUCCCGCUGCCCCAGCCCAGGUCCCGGCUCCUGCUGCGCCUAAGCGCAAGAACACCCAAAAGGAACCCCAGCCUCACCCGGAGGAGGCCGCCCGUUUCGUUGCUGAAGAGGAUAAGCGCCGCCGGAACACAGCUGCCAGUGCCCGUUUCCGUGUGAAGAAGAAGAUGCGUGAGCAAGCUCUCGAGCGUACUGUUAAGGAUACCAACGACAAGAACGAUGCCCUCGAGGCUCGUGUCUCCCAGCUUGAGUUGGAGAACCACUGGCUGCGUGGAUUGAUCAUGGAGAAGAACGGCACCGAGGAGCGCGACGAGCAAUCCGAGAAGGCCAUUUCAGACAUGUUCCAAAGCUUCCUGGCAUCUCGCAAUGAGGCUCCCUCAAAACCUUCCACUGCUAAGCACGGUGUUGGAACUACUGUCUAA